AAAUAAUUAAAAUUUUAAAAUCUCAACCUUUUCCCACCAUUUUCUCUCUCCCUCCCAUUUCAAGUUUCUUUCUUUCUCUCUCUCCCUCUAUCUAUCUUAAGGCAGCUUCAAACCCCAUUUCCAGGAAAUUUCAAUUAGAGAAGAAAGAUGUUUAAAGAAGGUUUAGGUCUUGGGUUAGGUUUAGGUUUAGGGUUUGUGAAAUACAGAAGGUCUGUAAGUGGGAAAAGAAUUGCUAUUGUUAGUAAUAAUAGUUUAUAUAAUGAUACUGAUAAUUACUCCCCUGUUUUGAAAAAACAAUGUGUUAAGAAAAUGUCAAGACUUGAAGAUCUUCCUGAUGAAAUCCUGAUUAAGGUUUUAUGUGGGGUUGAUCAUAGUGACCUGAAACAACUCUUUCAAGUCUCCAAAUUGAUUCGUGAAACGACAUUGAUUGCUAAGAAGCAAUAUUUUGAAUAUAAUACACCUAAAAAGAUUCCGGCGAGAAAUUCAAUUGUUUUGAAUGAUUCCGGCGAGAUUGAGAAUGGUGAAAUCUUAAAUGCUCCGAGGAAGAUGAGAAAUCACCGGCGCCGGAGGAUGAGUGAGAAAGAUAUGAGGGAAAUUUCGGUGGCCUUAUUUUCUUCGUCGGUGGAAUAUUUGGAUAAGUAGGUUUUAGGGUUUAUUAUUUUAAAUUAUAAUAGGGUUACAUUUGUAAAAUAUAUAUUGUUUUUAGGGUUCUAGGGGUUUGAAAUUAUUUUAUUUUCCUCUACUUUGGUGACACAAAGAAGUUCAUUUUCUUCAACCAUUAUCAUUGAAGAAGAAAAUUUUGUAAUGUUUUGGGGUUUUGAAAUGUAGUGGUUUUAAUUAAGGUGAGUGUGGGUUAUAGUUUUUUUUAUAUAAUUUAUUGUUAGUUUU